GGAUGACUUGAGAGAAUGACCAGUCCAAAAUUCAGAGAGGAGAUGGAGGAGUUUUUAUUCUCCAAUGGCUACCAGCUGGGCAAGACCAUUGGGGAGGGGACGUACUCAAAAGUGAAAGAGGCCUUCUCAAAAAAGCACCAGCAGAAAGUGGCAGUUAAAAUUAUUGAUAAGAUGGGCGGCCCGGAAGAAUUUAUCCAGAGAUUCCUGCCUCGAGAGCUCCAGAUCGUCAGGCGCUUGGAUCACAAGAACAUCAUCCGGGUGUACGAGAUGCUGGAGUCUGCCGAUGGGAAAAUCUACUUGGUGAUGGAGCUGGCAGAAGACGGGGACGUUUUUGACUGCGUUCUGCAGGGAGGUCCUUUGCCCGAGAGCCGCGCCAAGGUGCUCUUCCACCAGCUGGUAGAAGCGAUCCGCUACUGCCACAGUUGUGGCGUGGCACACCGGGACCUGAAAUGUGAGAAUGCCUUGCUGCAAGGCUUUAACUUGAAGCUGACUGACUUUGGAUUUGCAAAGUUGCUCCCAAAAAAUCGUAAGGAGCUGAGUCAAACGUUCUGCGGCAGCACGGCCUAUGCUGCACCCGAGGUGCUCCAGGGUGUGCCCCAUGACAGCCGGAAAGGGGACAUCUGGAGCAUGGGCAUUAUUCUGUACGUUAUGCUGUGUGCUAGCCUCCCCUUUGACGACACCGACAUCCCCAAGAUGCUGUGCCACCAGCAGAAAGGGGUCUCCAUUCCUGGGCACCUGGAGAUCUCAGACGAAUGCCAGGAUCUUCUGAAAAGCCUGUUGGAACCAGACAUGAUCCUCAGACCUUCCAUUGAAGAAGUUGGUUGGCACUCAUGGCUGGCAAACUCCUGAUAAAGACCAUGUCACGCUCUCCCCAAAUAAAGGGGACAGAUUGCUUCCAGAAUGCUUACAUAUAUUUUAAUGUUACGCUUGGUUUCCAGUCUAUCCUUCCAUCCUACCUCUCUUCCUCCCAGCGCCUUAUGCAGAGGAUGGCUGGCCUGCAGGGGAGGAAUGGGGGGUUGCUCCAUUUCACACCUUCAUCAGGGACUUUACUCAUUCAAACAAACCACAUGGUCUGAACAAACAUAACAGUGUUUGUGCUGUUUCCUUUGUAGCUGGGCACCUUGGUGAAGUGGGGAAACCUGGGAUAGUGUCUAGCCACCUUCCCAAGCCAUCUCUAGUGAUGGCACCUCCAGAGAACACCCCAACUGAGAGGAGAGAGCAAGCAGAGAAGUUGGCUCCUCCAUGCUGGGAGUGGGGGAAACAUGGAAAAUUACGGUAGGGUUAUAGGAGCAACAAGGGGAAAUCAGUGGGGAAAAAAAAAUCUGCUCAACAUCUUAGUUGUCUAUAUACAAAUGAAAGAAGUAAGGGGAAUCAACAGGAGGAACUGGAAGCUAAAUUAUCACUUAAUUUCCAUCACAGAGACAAGGGGGGAAUAAGUGUCAUGAUUGGAAUAAUGGUACAGAGGGGUACAACUUGUUUCAGAAGGGCUGGCAGGAUAAAGGCAGUAUUGCAUUAUAUAGCAAUAUAUACACACUUGAUCCGAGGUCCUGAAGGAGGUGAGAGGCAGACCAGUUGCGAGUCUCUGGGUAAAGACAGAAGGGGUAAACAAUAGGAAUGUCACAGUAGGGGUCUACUAUAGACUACCAAAUCAGGAGGAGAGGGUGGAUAAGUCAUUUUAUAGAACAAGUCACAGAAAUAUCCAAAACACAAGACCUGGUAGUAACAGGAAACUAACUACCCAGGCAUCUGUUGGAAAAGUAAAAUGGCAAAACACAAAAUUUCCAGUAAGUUCUUGGAUGUGUUGGGCAGACCACACACUUUCAGAAAGCAGAGGAAGAGCCAAUACUUGAUUCUGACCGAAAGGGAAGACUUGGUAGCAAAUCUGAAGGUGGAAGGCAGCAUGGGUGAAAGUUACUAUGAAAUGAUAGAUUUAAUGGUUUUGUGGAAAGGAAGGAGUGAGAUCAGCAAAAUGAAGACAGUGGACUUCAGAAAAGAAGACUUGAACAAACUCAGAGAACUGGUAGGUUAAGGUCCCAUGGCAAGAAAACCUAAGGGAAAAAGGAGUUCAGGGGGGCUGGCAGUUUCUCAAGGAGACAAUAUUAAAAGGCACAACUUCAACCUAUCUCGAGGAAAAGGAAAAAUAGGAAGAAUAGUAAGAGGCCAAUACGGCUCUCAAAGGAGCUCUUUAAUGACCUGAAAAUCAAUAAGGAAUCCUACCGAAAUUGGUAACAUGGACAAAAUACUAAGGAGGAGUCCAAAACAAUAGCACAAGCAUAUAGGGACAAAUUCAGCAUGACAAAGGCACAAAAUGAGUUACACCAAGCAAAGGACUUAACAGGCAAUGAGAAAAGAGGUUCUUUAAAUACAUUAGGAGCAAGAGGACGAAGAAAAGUGUAGGUCAUCUACUUACAAUUAAAAACAAACUUGACAAAUUGGAAAAUUGUUCUGAACGGACUGUCCAGCCUGCUCCCAAGCUAGACUCAUGCCCAAAGCAGGAGCUGCCACUGGGCAGCAAACCACACCCAGAACCAUUUCAGAAGGAUGGCUACAUGUGGCCCUGUAGGUGGUGGAAAUAAAGACAACCAACACAGGCAGCUGAUUCUGUAGAAUUCCUUUAAUUUCUGUUAACUGCAAGUCUGUAAAAGGUUCAGGAGAAAGUUGUCAUUACAAAACUAACAGCUGUUAGAAUCUCUUUCGCUCAGCUAUAAAAUGCUCCCAGGAGAUGCAGUAUAAUUUAAAAUAGAGAAUAUUGCACAAAUAACCAAGAGGUUAAUUAACUAAUGAAAAAGAGAGAGUUACAAAGAGAUAGGCAAGCUCCACGCUUUCUCCCAGCUCCAACCUUGGGACAUGAGCUUCCAGCUGGGAACCAUACCUUUAAAUGAGACGGGAGUAUAUACAAGGGGGUCCUCGCUGGGCACAGCACGAAGCGCAAACGACAUGGUCUCAGAUACUUCCAGAUAGACACCAGUCUCCUGGCAAAGGGCCCCGCUACACAAGGGUCCAACCACAUUGGGGGACCUAGUUACGACAGGGAUGUCUCCUGACUUGGCUCCAUCUCAGUAGAGAGGGGACCUAGCUGCAUUUUUCCCAUGUCCCUGAGAUGCACCAUAGACUAGGAGAGCUAGGCUGUAGCAUGGCUGAGACCCUUUGAAUCAAUUCUACAGUGACAAGCUGGAGUCAUGCUGUAGGCUGGUCCCUGAACCUGGUAGGCUUUGUGGCAUAGACAGGCUCUCAGGCAGGAAUCUCGAUCACACAGCCACUUUCAAUGCACCUACAUCAGCUGCUGCUGCCACUGGAGAAUCUCCCCAUGGGAAAACUGACACUCCAAGGCCCCGGAAGGCUAGUGAUGUCUAAAAAUAUAGGGAAACCCACAACCCCAGUAAAUUGGCCCUUAAAGAAGCAGAAUGACCUAAAGAAACUAUGGAUAAAACCAAUACUUUGAAGGCCAGAGACGGGGUAGACGCUGUCCCUUUAAGAUAACUGUGUACUGGUGACAUCCACUGGGGAGCAGCAUUUUAUGACAGAUCAGAAGGACAAAGAGAAGGGAACUCCCCUCCCGCCCAGGACAGAGACGACAGACCGAAAAGGGGUCUACAGCAGUCAACAGGGGCACGAGAAGGAGUCGGAGCCUUGCAGGGGGCUCAGCUGAAUAGGAGCAGAGACGAUCUAGCAAUAUUUGGAGUGCAUGGGAGACAGGCAGGUCCUGCUAAGGAGGUGAAAGGGAGGGAUGGACUUCAGGAGAGGGAUUCAAGCAGCAAAGUCAAUAGCUACAGUGACCAGUCCCUGCCACCAGGUACCAUCUGUUGUGCAAGAUGCUUUUGCCUCCUGCUUUACACAAAACAGCAAAGAGUGGUGGGACCUGCUGGCACAGGCUGAUGUUUUAAGUAGUGCCCACCAUUCCUACAUUGGGUCUUUUAAGUGACCAAGCCGGGAGGCUGGUGCACACAGACAGGGGCAGUUCUGCCCUGGGUCUGACCCAGGUCCACUGCCUGUCCAGAAAAGCCCAUUCAGGAGAAAAACUACAAGCGUCAGGAUGUUGCCUGAGGAAUUAAGGACAACAAUUAAAAGUGCUCACCGCCCAGCAGAGCGGAGAGAGGCAGUGCAGAUAGCAGAGCAGGGGAUGGUGAAGUGACUCCCUUCGGAGGCAGGCUGCUGCUCCUGUAGCUGGGAGUUUGGGUUUACAACUGAAAAGCUGCAUCCCAA